AUGCAGAAAAAAAUCCUAGACGCGGAUGGGGGAACGGGAAUUGGUUAUGAGCCUGUUGUUAUACCAAAGGAAAAGUACGCGAAAAUAACACAUGGACGAAAUGUGUUUUUUGCGACGUGUAUUGGAGGCGCCGCCGUUGUUUGGGGUCUUAGUAUGAUACCACAAGGGUUUAUGUACCGCUCGUUAAGACACAUGUACCAAACGUACUGCAGAGGUCGAGUUUUGGACCUAACACCAAAAAUAGCAGAUACGAGGGAUGUGGCUUUUUACGAAAUGUCCAAAGCAGUUCGUGUGGAAUUUAUCGUAGAGCAUAAAGUUGUCGAUGAUGGACGUUAUAAAAUAAGUGAUCUUCUUUCCGAAACAGAUCAGGAACAGAGACGUAAAGAUAUGACUUUAGACUUUAUGGUAAAAAACGAUCACAAUUGGGUUGGAAGCACAAUAACUUUUGAUACGAUUGAACGAAGUAAAGUUGAGAUGCAUGAUUUUCAAAAAUAUGAUACAAUUGUGAUCCGUAAUGAAUUGCUAAAUCAAAAUGAAGAAAAAGCACGUCAUAUGUUGAAUAAUGCCGCUAUGUACGUGAAAAACGAUGGUCACGUUCUUCUUAUGGAUUUUGGGAAACCAUCGUGGCCUAUGCUCACAUCAUUCAUUCGCUGGUUUAAUUCUGUAACAGCAAGCUCAAUGCAUCUGACUCAUGACUACAAUAGAUGGAUCAAAGAAGAUGCUCGCUAUUUUGUUGUGGAGGAACGCAGGUGCCUUAUGGGUCUUCAUUAUGCGUUUGCACUCCGACUAAAGUGA